GCAUGCGUAAACGGAGUGUUGUCAACAGAGAUGGCGCUACGCGAGGGUGCUCGGUGUUUAAACCUGCUAGUCAGCAGACGUAAUUUAUACAAAUGUGUCUCAUAUGUUGGGGUUCGCACACUGUCUGAACACGUGUCGUCCAAGUCUGCAGCGUCCAGCGCUCCAGAGACCGCGGCUGACCAUUUAAUCUACACACAAGAGCACUUUGCAUUGAAGGAGGCCCUCAGAAAGCUCAUCGCCCAGGAGAUCAACCCUCACGUCGAUCAGUGGGAAGCAGAGGGAAAGUUUCCGGCCCACAAAAUUUUCAAGAUCCUGGGAAAUGCUGGGUUUCUAGGAGUCAACAAACCAGUUGAGUAUGGGGGCCUGGGACUCGACUUCACCUACAGCAUCGCUGUUGCAGAGGAGUUGGGCAACAUCCAAUGUGGAGGCAUCCCCAUGGCCAUUGGUGUACAAACUGACAUGACUACUCCAGCACUGGCCAGGUUUGGUUCAGAUGAGCUCAAGAAAGAAUUCCUUGUCCCGUCCAUCAUGGGGGACAAAGUGGCCUGUCUCGGGGUUAGUGAAGUCGGCGCAGGCUCUGAUGUCUCCAGUAUCAUGACCAAAGCAGUGAGGAAAGGGGAUGAAUAUGUGAUAAAUGGAGGAAAGAUGUGGACCACUAAUGGUACACAGGCUGACUGGAUGUGUCUCCUUGCCAACACCAGUGAUGGACCCCCACACAGGAACAAAUCUCUUAUCUGUUUGCCCAUGAACCUGCCAGGGGUGCAUGUUGCUCGGAAGAUUGAUAAACUGGGUAUGUGGUCAUCAGACACGGCUGAAGUGUUUUUUGAUGAUGUUCGCGUGCCUUGCAAGAACGUCAUCGGGCAGGAAGGCAUGGGCUUCACCUAUCAGAUGCUUCAGUUCCAGGAAGAGAGGCUCUGGGCCGUGGCUAAUAUUGUGACCACAAUGGAUAACAUCAUCCAGGAAACCAUCAAGUAUACACGUCAGAGGAAGAUCUUCAAGCUACCUGUACUUUACCACCAGACGGUUCAUUUCAGGUUGGCUGAGCUUCAGACGGAGGUUGAGCUGCUCCGCUCCCUCCUCUAUCGGGCUACAGCACUGUACAUUAAAGGCAACGAUGUCACCAAGCUGGCAUCUAUGGCCAAAUUAAAGGGGGGGCGCCUGGCCAGAGAACUGAGUGACAGCUGUCUCCAGUUCUGGGGAGGGAUGGGCUUCACCAGUGAUGUGCCAGUAAGCAGAUUUUACAGGGAUUCCAGGUUGAUGUCGAUCGGGGCAGGAGCUGAUGAAGUGAUGCUGGGAAUUAUCUGCAAGUACAUGGACACAAUACCCAAGAAGUGAUGCCACAACUGUCCUGAUGGUGUACUAAUUAUUAAAACAAGAAAAAAAAAAUCACCGAAGUGCAAUUCUGACAUUUUGAUCUUCUUAGCGAAGUAGGAUGUUUUUAAAUGUGAUUUUUUGGGGGGAAACUGAUUCUGAAUGUGGUCAUGAUAUCCUUGUGCUCAAGCACUUAAAAAAAAAAUGAAGCUAUUUUUGUUUGUGCCUUCUUUAGAUAAUUUAAACGGUGAUCAUACUUAAGACUGACCUUAUUUUUUUAGAAUAAAGCAAAAUAAUGUA